UUUGGUUAAAAAAACAUGUCGAUAUUUCCCAAAUAGUGUUUGGUGCCACAUACUUAAAUAUUGACAACUUCGUCUAUGUUUGAACAACAGAACUGGUUGGUGACGUGAAUAUUGGCGGCAGGCAAAUUUCGCCGUCAAUUGACAAUGGCAAUGGCGGCCUCUCCCCUUCUGCCAGAAAUCAUUCCUGCCCAAGCUUCCAGGAAAACACAUUCCUGGCGAAUUUCGCAGCUCCGGCUAUGUUUCCGGGGCGGGAAACCCGUCAAAUGCUCCGGGAAUGAUGUGCCGGGCAGUUCCAGAGUCCCUGCCCGGCGACCUGGAAAGCCACUGGAGAUCAUAGGGCAGGAUGCAGAGCUGUUGUCUAAGCUGACGACUCUGGAACGCCCUUACGUGCCAUUCCCGCUGCUGGGAAACAGGCACGUGGAGACUAUUUUUGGUGCCUAUUUUAGGUCUCUUCCAGCUAUCAGGUUUCGGAGGGAGGCCUUACAUAUGGCAGAUGGGGGUACGGUGGCACUGGAUUGGCCGGUUGCAGGGAAGGAUGUUGAUCUUUGGAAUCGGGAAUUGCCAGACAAUGCCCCUGUCGUUAUUUUACUGCCAGGUCUCACAGGUGGGAGUGGUGAUACUUAUGUAAGGCACAUGCUCUUACAAGCAAGGAGGCAUGGAUGGCGCUGUGUAGUUUUUAACAGCCGUGGCUGUGCAGACAGUCCUGUCACCUCACCUCAAUUCUACUCAGCCUCCUUCACAGAGGAUCUUCGUCAGGUGGUGAAACAUGUGGGUGUUUGCUUUUCUGAGUCCAACAUAUAUGCAGUUGGCUGGUCACUUGGGGGAAAUAUUCUUGUGCGGUAUCUAGGCCAGGAGGCUGGUAACUGCCCUCUCUCUGGUGCAGUUUCUCUCUGCAACCCUUUCAACUUGGUCAUUGCAGAUGAGGAUUUUCACAAGGGUUUCAAUAAUAUCUAUGAUAAGGCUCUUGCUAGAGGGCUCCGCAUGAUAUUCAAAAAGCAUGAACACCUUUUUGAAGGGAUAGGAGGCGAGUACAAUUUACCCUUGGUAGCUAAGGCAAAAUCUGUGCGAGAUUUUGAUGAAGGCUUAACAAGAGUAUCCUUUGGGUACAAAUCAGUGGAUGACUACUAUGCUGAUGCUAGCAGCUCUCGCUCUAUUAAAUAUGUCCAGACUUCUUUGCUAUGCAUACAGGCUGAAAAUGAUCCAAUAGCUCCCUCUCGUGGGAUACCUCGAGAGGAUAUCAAGGCAAAUCCUCAUUGCUUAUUGGUGGUGACACCAAAUGGUGGUCAUCUUGGUUGGGUUGCGGGUGACGAAGCUCCAUUCGGAGCACCUUGGACAGACCCUCUAGUCAUCGAAUACUUAGAGAUUUUGGAAAACAGCUCAAAAGAACGGCAAUCCGAAAGGAAACUUGAUGGCAUUCAUACUUCAGUGGUUGAUUCUAAACAAAAUUCCAGCAACAGUAAAAAGCCCGUCGAGAGUCUUUCUUGAAUAUUUUUCUUUGUACGUUGUAAAUUUUUUUCUCAACUUUAAUUGAUCCUUUUAAUUAAGUUUCCACACAAAAGAUGAGUUUACAUGUCAUUCAUCAUUGGUGGUCAUUGUUUAACAUUGAUUAUAAUUUAGCUAUAACAUGCUGAACUUAUAUAUUAGUAUU